AUCUCAUUGAUCGAUCGAAGUCGUUCAACAGGUCCUUUCCAUUCCAUGCCUUAACCCUACCAGCACUGGCGAUCUUGAAGCAAUCAAAGCUUGAAAGACACACCCGAACACCAUCAAUCAUGGCAGAAAUGGCUAUGUAUCAUUCUCUAGGUCAGGAUGCUGACGACCUGAGUGCCAAUCCUCCUUCGGCGGGAUCUCAACAACAGUACCCUCCAGUAGCUCCUCCACCUACUGGGUAUCCGCAACCUGGCCCAACCCCCUAUCAACAGCAACAACCAGCAGCCUAUGGGCAGGCAUUAUCACCUUCAGGACCCUCUCCAUACCAAUCAUCGACUCCUUAUGGCCAAGCUGCUCCUCUCCCCUCACAAUCACCUUACCAGCAGCAACGUCCCUACGGACCGCCUACACAGCAACCAGGUCCAUAUGGACCUCCUGGAAGUGACGUCAGAGGGUUGGCACAGUCAAUGUCCAGCAUGGACCUUGCAGGCGGUGUUGGAAGCACCCCGGGAACGAUAUCCAAGGCUUCAAGAAAGAAAGCAAGAGCCUACCAUAAUCUUGAUCAAAGCUCUGAGCCAUCGAACGAGCCUAAUCUGCCAGCAUUUACCCCCAAUGUUGCGAACCAAAUGCCUUCUUCAUUCCUUGGACAACAGCAGACCAUGCCUCCGGGACAAGGAAAUUCUCAAUUUCCUUGUCCAGCAAAUCCUGCUUUUGUUCCUGCAGCUCCUGCGGAUCCUGCAGCCUUUGCCGCCCGGCCAGGUUCCUCGAAUAUCCGCCAGACUGGUGGGAGAGUGGAUCCAAAUGAAAUUCCGUCGAUCCCUGGGCACCGUGAUUAUUACACAGAACAGUACAGAACAACUUUGUAUCCGACACUUGCCCGACACCAGCCCCCACACGCAACCUCAGACUAUAUCGCCCAUGACCAAGGAAAUGCGUCUCCGCGGUUCUGUAGGCUUACUCUUAACUCCAUACCUGCGACAGCAGAUUUAUUGGCCUCUACGUCCUUACCACUGGCAUUACUAAUACAACCACUGGCCAAGCUGAAGGAUGAGGAAGAACCAAUACCUGUUUUGGACUUUGGAGAGAUGGGUCCGCCAAGAUGUCGUCGCUGCCGAACAUACAUAAACCCUUUCAUGACGUUCCUACAAGGCGGCGGCAGAUUCCGUUGUAAUAUGUGCCUCUUCCCUAAUAAUGAGGUUCCGUCGGAGUAUUAUGCCCCUGUGGAUAUAUCUGGUGCUCGGGUUGAUAGAAACCAACGGCCAGAACUCAUGAGAGGCACAGUCGAAUUUGUGGUUCCAAAGGAGUAUUGGGCGAAGAAAGAUGGGGAGGGCGCUGGCGGAGAGGAAGGGAAGGGUGGAUCUCCAAUGAGGUGGAUUUUCUUAGUGGAUGUUAGCGAGAAUGCUAUUAAUAGAGGGGUGUUGGAAAGCGUUGUUGGGGGUAUUAGAGAAGCGCUCUAUGGCAGUAGUGCGUAUGAAGAUGCACCAGAAGGCCACGAAUUCGAGGACGGCAAGGAAGGCAAGAGAAGGCGACUACCCAAGGGCUGCAAGAUCGGGGUCUGUACAUUUGAUAAGGAUGUGCAAUUCUAUAAUCUGAAUCCUAACUUAGAUCAAGCACAAAUGAUGGUAAUGCCUGACAUAGAGGACCCGUUUGUUCCUCUUAGCGAGGGUCUAUUUGUAGACCCAUAUGAGUCACGGGCUGUCAUUGAAUCAUUGUUGGAGUCGCUACCAACCCUUUUUGUGCAUAUUAAAAACGCUGAGCCGGCGCUCUUGCCUGCGCUGUCCACCGCACUCUCCGCCCUCCAGAGCACUGGAGGGAAGAUUAUAUGCUCACUCUCUACAUUGCCGACAUGGGGACCACAUCGUCUCUUCAUGCGUGAGGACCCAAAGCUAUAUAGUAGCGAGAAGGAAAAAGUUCUUUUUCAGACCGAACAUCAGACUUGGCGGAAAGUCGCCGGGAAACUGGUUGAAGCAGGUGUUGGCGUAGAUUUCUUUAUGACCCCAAGUGCCUAUAUAGAUGUUGCCACCGUUGGACACAUUGCAUCUACUACUGGAGGAGAAAUAUUCUUCUAUCCUAACUUUGUUGCGGAGAGGGAUGCUCACAAGCUCCGCUCCGAGCUCUCCCAUAGCUUUCACAGGGAGACAGGAUAUCAGUCACUCAUGAAAGUUCGAUGUUCCAAUGGUUUGCAAGUGUCUACAUAUCAUGGAAACUUUCUCCAACACAGCCAUGCCGGCGAUGUCGAAUUUGGUGCCAUCGAUGCCGACAAGUGUGUCUCGGUAAUGUUUUCUUAUGACGGAAAGCUCGAUUCCAAAAUCGAUGCGCAUUUCCAAAGUGCUCUGCUCUAUACGACAAGACAGGGUGAGAGGAGAGUUAGAUGCAGUAACAUUGUUGCCGGGGUGACUGAGAAUAUUCGUGAUGCCAUAAGGAUGGCAGAUCAAGAUGCUGUGUUAGGAGUGUUAGCUAGGGAAGCGGCGAGUCGAAUGAUUGAAAAGCCGCUGAAAGAAAUUAGAGGAGCUCUCAUUGAGAAAUGUAUUGACAUUCUGGUAGCAUACAGAAAAACCGCAGGUGGAAGUCCGCCAGGCCAGCUCGUGUUGCCAGAGACUUUGAAGGAAUUUGCGAUGUAUGUCCUGGCUCUAUUAAAGACCAGGGCUUUCAGAGGAGGAAGUGUUGCGAGUGAUAUGAGAGUCCACUCGAUGAGGCUAUUGAAGAGCAUGGGGCCAGCAGAAUUACAGCUUUAUCUCUACCCCCGAAUCCUCCCGAUUCACAGCAUGACCGAGGAGGAUGGGUUUCCGGAUUCUGCUGGACACCUUAAGAUCCCCGCGGCUCUUCGUGCAUCAUUCGGAUUCGUUGAGGAGGGAGGAGCGUAUCUUGUCGACAAUGGCCAAUUGCUUCUUCUUUGGCUUCACACACAUGCCUCCCUCAAUCUCCUUCAGGAUCUAUUUGGCCCUGAAGUCAACUCCCUUUCAGACCUCGAUCCCAACAUGUGCGAGUUACCAGUUCUGGAGACUCACCUCAACGCUCAGGUCAGAAAUCUGAUCCAUUAUUUGAAGACCCAGAGGGGCAGUAAGGCUGUUUCUAUACAGCUUGCACGGCAGGGGUUCGAUGGUGCAGAAUACGAGUUUGCCUCUUCCUUGGUUGAAGACAGGAACAAUGAAGAGAGAAGCUAUGUGGACUGGUUGGUCCAUGUACAUAAAUUUAUUCGACUUGAGGUCACGGGAGAGAGGAAGCGAGAUGAGGGUGACGCUGGUAUGGCUGGCAUGACCGGCAUGAGGCCGCCAUACUGGUAG